GUUAAUCAUCUGUCACACAGAUUUGUCCCAACAUAACAAGUAAAUAGAUGAUUUAUCCAUACAUAUUUUUUUAUAAAUGUGAUGAGUAGGUUAGCAUUCAUUUAUAUAUAUUUACUACUUAAUUAAAUAUGAUUUUGAUAAUAUUGAAACAGAGUGAGGAAAUCUGGAAACGGAACAAAAUUGGAACAUGGCGUCUGUAGUGAGUGGUAGUUUGUGUAUACCAGCGCGAUUAUGGCAGAAUGGACCUUCUGCAUCAUGCUUAUUCAAUCUUUCAGAUGGUUUGGCUGAUCAGAACACAUAUUUCGCCCAGAGAUCACAAGCACCAAUUACGACAGGAACGUCUGUACUUGGAAUAACAUUUGAGGGAGGUGUUGCAAUCGCCGCAGAUAUUCUUGGCUCAUAUGGGUCUUUGGCGAGAUUUCGAAACUGCCCCCGAAUAAUGCAUGUCAAUGACAACAUAAUACUUGGUGCUGGUGGAGAUUAUGCAGAUUACCAAUAUCUGAAAGAUGUUAUAGAGCAGAAAAUUCUUGAAGAAGAGUGCUUAGAUGAUGGGUUCUCAAUAAAACCAAAGGCUUUGCAUUGCUGGCUAACUAGGGUUAUGUACAAUCGACGUUCUAAAUUUGAUCCGUUUUGGAAUAAUUUCAUCGUUGGUGGUUUGCAGGAUGAUGAGCCGUUCCUAGGGACAGUUGACAAGCUUGGAACAGCAUAUGUAGACCGCCACAUUGCUACAGGCUAUGGAGCAUAUAUGGCACUACCCCUGAUGAGGGAGGAAGUUGAAAGGAAUCCCAUUAUGACAAAGGAUGCGGCACAGAAGUUGCUCGUCAAGUGCCUUGAGGUCCUGUAUUACCGUGAUUCUCGUUCUUUCCCCAAGUUUCAGCUUGCGACAUUGACAAAGGAAGGUGUGACUGUGGAGGGUCCCCUGACGGUAGAACAGAGCUGGGAGAUGGGCACCAUUGUGAAGCAAGACGAAUAAGGAAGGUCCAGGUGGUGGAUCCCAGAGUGCAAUGCAAAGUACAGAUUCUUAAUGUUACUGUAUUUACCGUAAAUAAAAGCUACGAUCUCCCCCUAA